AUGGUGCGGUCCUUCACCAGUCCGCUGGGGAUGGGUCUUGAUGCACUGGGGCUGGGGCCAGUUUGUCCCAAAAGGGCAUUUGCACCAGUGCGCAGGAGCUUGGAGUUUAGCAUAAAACGCAACAGAAUGCCAGUGUCCAGGUUAGCCGCCUUCAGCAGGUGUCUCUGCCCCUACGCUAAGUGGCAGGGGAGCAUGUUGUGCCACUGCCGCCCACCACCAGCCAGCAUAUCCUCUGCUCACUUCAACCAGGGCCCUGCCUGUGGGUUGUCUGUUGAGGUUGAGAACAAGCUGGCCCAAAAGUGUGACCACGAGCGGGAGCAGGAGCUUCGAGAAUGGAUCGAGGGGGUGACAGGGCACUGCAUCAGCCACAAUUUCAUGGGUGGCCUCAAAGAUGGCAUCAUUCUUUGCAAGUUCAUCAGUAAGUUCCAGCCAGGCCCCAUGAAGCAAGUCGGUGAGUCAACCCAAAAUUGGCACCAGCUAGAAAAUAUUGGCAACUGCAUCAAGGCCAUCACCAAGUAUGGGGUAAAGUCCCAUGACAUUUUUGAGGCCAACGACCUGGUUGAGAAAACCAACCACACCCAGGUGCAGUCCACCCUCCCAGCCCUGGCCAAGACAAAAGGGAAUAAGGUGAAUGUAGGGGUGAAGUAUGCAGAGAAGCAGGAACAGAAAUUUGAGCCAGAGAAGCUAAGAGAAGGGCAGAACAUCAUCGGGCUACAGAUGGGCACCAACAGAUUUGCUAGCCAGCAGGGCAUGACGGCCUAUGGCACCCCGUGCCACCUCUGUGACCCCAAGCUGGGCAAGGACCAGCCCCUGGACCAGGCCACCAUCAGCCGGCAGAUAGGCACCAACAAGGGAGCCAGCCAGGCUGACCUGACUGUACCUGGGACCAAGCAACAGAUCUUUAAGCCUGGGCUGGGCAUGGAGCACUGUGACAUGCUCAAUGUCUGCCUGCAGAUGGGCAGCAACAAGGGGGCCUGGCAGCAGGGCAUGACAGUGUAUGGGCUGCUGUGCCAGGUCUGUGACCCCAAAAACUGCCCAAGGCCUGAAUACUCAGAGCUGGGCAAGCCUGCCCAUGACCACCACCCACACAACUGCUACAACUCAACCUGGGGCCCUGGGCCCCCCCACCCUGCCUCCCCUCCAGGGAGGCCAGCUGCUGCUCUCAGCAGGGGUGAGCCGGUCCCACCAACCCCCUCCCCCUGCAUGGUGUCCUCUAACCCCCUGGGACCCGCCUACAGGGUUAGCACUGGGGGGGGCAGACUGGGGAGCCUGUGGUGGGGGAAGGGGGCCUUCCUCCUUGGAGCGCUGCAGCAUCCAACAUUGAGUAGGGUGUUCCCAACAGCACCCAAAGGGCGCACUGAGCAAAGCUACCCCUAG